AUGCAAUCUUCAUUAGGUAAAUCAGGUGAUGGUGGUGGUGGUAGUAAUAUCUAUCCGUCCUCGUCAACUUUUCGUAUGCGUAAUAAUUCAUAUUCAACAACACCAUUCACAAAUACUUAUCAACCAACAUCACCCUUAUUUUGGUCGAAUUAUCCUCCAACAUUACAAACUCCUCCACCGCCACCAUUAACAUUAAAUAAUGGUCAAACAUCCAUUCAACAAUUUCUCAAUUCUGAUAUGCUUGCAUCUAUGUCAAGAAGUAAUUCACAGCCAGAUUUAACAGCUACAUUAAGUACAGUACCAUCAUCUGUUAAUCAAUUAACAUCAUCAAAAUCUAUGUCUGUAUGUUCGGAUGAUUUAUAUAUGGAUAUUGGUGGUUGUAAUACUUCAAGUGUUGUUGAUGAUUUAUUUCUUGGUAUUGAAGCAGAUUUUAUUGAUGAUACACGUUCAUUAUUUCAACAACUUGCUAAUUCUUCUAGUCCAUUACAAGCACCACCACCACAACGUAGUGCACCACCAUCACCUAAACCACAACCAAAAAAUCGUACUACUACAAGUGGACGAUCUUUACCAACAAAAGCAUGGUCAAAAAUGACAAGUGAUGAACAAACAUCUGCAACAGAAGAUCUGACACGUAUUAUUAAUGAACAACUUGGAAGACGUGAACAAUUAGAAAUUAUAAGAAUAUUACAACCAGAUGGACCACAAUUAUUACCACAUCAAACAGAAUUUAUUUUAGAUUUUUCUGGUAUGAAUGAUGAAAAACAUCGACGUAUUAGAAAUAUAAUAAAAUUUAAUUUAAUUGGUGGUGGUGGUUCAAUGAAUGAUGAAAGUGAUGGUUAUUCAUCAUUAUCAUCAAAUAAAAGUGAUCCAUUAUCUCAACGUAUUGAAAAAGCAUUAAAAUUACGUCAACGUAAAGAACAACGACAAGCAGCUAAAGAACAUCGUUCAGGUUUAUUCAAUGCUCAACAUCAUCAAGUACUAGAAUUGACAAAAUGCGAUGAAGAUAUUGAAGUUGAUAUUCUAUCGUAA